AUAUCAAUCGAAUUUACAGCCUCCCAUCCCAUUGUUCGCACCAAUCCCGUUACCGGAUGGAAGAGCCUCUUCGGCGCUGCUCACCAGGUAGUGCACGGAUGGAUUGACAAUGUCACGUAGAGGGAAAGUGUGGUCCUCAAGGCUUAACUUCUCCAGAUCAUCACUGAGAACUACGACAUCCAAGUUCGCUUCCGACUUGGCCAUCGGGGACGACCUUAGCGCCUUUUACACGACCACGAACGACUACUCGGGCGAGAGGGAAGGUAAUCGUGUGGCGGCACUGGGUGAGAAGCCUUAG